AUGAAAUUGGAGAUGCUUGAGUCUUUAUUGAUUCAGUUGAAUUUCUAGGAGAGCUAACUAAAAUGGAAAAACACUCUCUUUUAUGUGAUCUUGAGUCAAAUAUUGAGUAUUUUUUUUUUGAUCUACCCAUUUGUCUCGAAUAGAGUUAAGCAUAAUCAAUUUUAAUCAAUUAUGGAAAUACCAAAAGUAAUCCUCCUUGAAUUUUUGGAACAAGUGAAUGUAGCUGAAUAUUCUGUUUUGAUUCUUAAUGUUUGGAUAAUAAUAUUGCUAAUUAGUUUGUGCUUUGAAAAUUAGAAAUAAAAAAUAAAUCAGAUGAAAACAUUUGAAAAGAAACAAUUAAAAUCAAUCCCAAUCUAUUAUCUGAUGCUUACAUCAAAAGUCAUUAAUUAUAUGUUACUGCAACCUUUACUUUGUUUAGGUUUGUUUAAUUUGAGCAUCAAUUUCAAUUCUAACCUUUAUUUUGUGAUCUAAAAUUUACUGUUUCUCUUGUUUGUUCAUAUAUUUUCGAUAAGCUAUUAUAUUUUGAAUAAUACUACCUUACUAUUAACAGAUAAAAUGGAUAAGAAAAUAGAAGAUGACUAUUUAGAUUUUAUCAUCUAUCUUCUUAGAAUACUCUAAUCCUAUGUGUUUAUUUUGUUGGACAGUCCUAUCACAGACAAGCUUUAGAGUUGUAUUUAUUUGCUCAUUAGCUUGAUUCGAAUAUAUACAAUUUUGAUUCAAAUGAAGUACUGUGAUCUCAAGCAUUGCUUUAUCCUAAUAUUCUUUGCCUCUUCAGGAUUGAUUAUAUCCAUCUGCAUAUUUUCAGAAUAGCAUUUGAACAUAGGAUAUUUGAUGCUGUUGAAUCCCUUACUAGUAUAUUGCAUUUGGAAAUCCCUAUGCUAUUACAUAGAAUACAUCAUCCUGAAUGACCCCUAAAAAUUAUCGAUAGACAGGCUGCACUUUUUAGUUUGUUUUAUAUUUGCAGACAAUCAAUUUUCAUAAUAAAAAAAUUGCAUCCUCAAUGGAAUCAAAUUUAGUCAGCAUCUUAAAAGCUGUGAAACAGUUGGUUGCUCUUGUCAAAACAAAUACAAAACAAUCGAUCCUUUGGAAUUGAACCUAAUUCAAUUAGAUAUAUCCUAAUAAUUCUAAAAUUCAAUAGUUCAAUAGUUUAGACAACUAAAUUUGCAUAAGAAAGGGAAGCAUUUCUAUAAGAUGUGUCAUCUUCUGUCUGCCUUACAUCAAUUGGGAUAUCAUUAGGAAAUUUAUUAUAGAAUAGAAGAUUAAAAAUAUAAGCAUUUAUUAACCUUUGUCUAAUAAAUCAAUUGGAUUGUGUUCACCUUUAUUAUAAAAAAAAUGAUGUACAAUAAAUUUGCCCAGUAAUUAGAAACCAAUAAUAAGGAAUGUCUAGAGUUGUCAGCAAGAAUAACUGCUUUUCUACAUUCCGAAUCAUUUCAUUUGUAAAUUAGAAAUAAUUUGAUCUCAAUUAUCAAAUUGAAGAUCCAAAUUCUAUCCUCUCUAUUGAUGUUAGAUAAUGAACCACUAUAUGAGCAUAUCUAAACUUUUGCUUUAGAGAGUGCGAAGAGAGAAAAUCAAUUGAGACAAAUAUUUUUUAAGUUCCCAAGUUCCAAAAAUUAGUCAAUCCUAAUGUUUUUCAUGGGAGAAGUUGUAAAUGAUUGGUAUAAAGCCUAUGAAUUCUGCAACUUUAGCUCGCAUGAUAAUAAUGCAUACUAAUAAUUUAUUGCAAAUGACAUCAAUAGUAUCUCAAAUAAAAUGACAUAUCUGGUGUUUGUAUAUGAAAAUAAGAAGUUGUAUUUGCAAAGUAUUUCCAAAAAGGCUUGUGAAAUAUUUGGCUGGGAUUAAAUGCAAUUCUCUUAAUUGAAAGAUGCUAAUGUACUUCUUCCCUAUUGUAUAAGGGAGACUCAUGAUUUAGAAAUUGAUAAAUUCUUAUAAACAGGAAAGGGAUUGUACUUUAGAACAAAGGGUAUAAAUUUUUGUUAAUGUAAGAGUGGUUAUUUAUAACCUAUUCACUUUUUUUAUGAUAUUCAAUUCGAUUAAUAAUCAUUUUUUCAAUUUAUCUCCUUUAUUUAAAAGUUAGAAACUCCUUUAGCAAUUUUGGUUGUAGAUGAAAAUGCAAAAAUCUCAGGCGUUAAUAAAGAUUUCUUUAAGAUGAUGAACUUUUCGUAAUUGGUUACUGAUUCCUUUUAAAUAGAAAAACUACUCUAUGGUUUACCUUCCUCUUUGUUUUUUUAAUUAACCCAAUUUACUACAGAAUCUACCACUAAAUCAAUCAUCACUUUCCCUAAUGAAGAAUAAUGUUUCGUAAUGCAGAACCAAAGUUUAAACUAAAAAAUAAAUUUGUGUAAACAGAGGCAAUCAUUAAACCUUUUUGAAGUCCAAGGGGAUAUUCAAAUAAGAAAGACUUACAGUAUUAUUCGAAUCUACAGAAUGAUGGAAUGCGAAUCUUCAAUUUAAACGCAAAAAUAAAUAGAAUAUUAUAAUUCUGGUGAAUUACCCUCUCUAAUUAAUGAUGAGGAUGCAGUUAUCAGUCCUUACGAUGAAUUUUUCUAGUUCUUUUCUCCUUUGAAUGAAAAUAAUUAAAACUAAUCAAAUCAAUACUUUUUAAGAUCAACUUAGAAGCAAAGUACCAAGAAAAUCUAACUGAUUGAAUCUAACAUUUAGAAUAGUAUAUCAUAAUUAGUUGAAAAUGAAUAGUAGACAAUUAAAAUGCUCGGAAACAUUUAUUAAAACCAAUAAGAAGAUGACACAGUUUCAUUUUAAUAAGAAGCAUAAUCCAAUGCCUCCUAUGAAGAAUUAAGAAGAUCUCGCUUCUAUAAGAAGUACUGUCUGUAUCAUACUGUAAUUAAUUCCAAUGGCAUUCAACCCCAUAUUGUCAAGUCAACAAUCCACUUAUUUAUGGUUGUAAUUAUCAUCUUGAUAUUUAUUAUAUUGUUUUCAAUUUUAAAGGCGUACGAUCUUAAAAAAGUUACUUUAUAUUAUGAUUAAAUCCAAAUCAAUCAUUUUUUCAUUGAGCCUAUUCACAAGUUUUUCUUAGCUAGAUUCACUGUCUAAGAUUAUUUCUACCUCAGAUAUUUGAAUUAGAUCACCGAGGCACAGAAUCAAUUCUAUUAAUCCUUCUCCUUAGCGAAUAUUAUCAGAGAAUAUUCAGUAAUGCGUGUAAACUUUUAGGAACAUUUUUAAGAAUAGAAAUUUCAAGAAUUCUUAUUUAAUCAAUAUAUGGUUGUGAAACAACAAACAAUCCAUUACAAUCCCAUUAAUACUACAGACUAUAACAUGACUGUAUAAUCAGCUUUUUCUUUAUUAUUAGAUGCAUUUUAUAAAUAAGAACUAAUUUAUUUGAAAUAAUUUAAUGUCAACAUUUUAGGUGUUGCACCACAUUAAACAUUUUAAUACCUUAAUUAUAUAGAAUUUAUAACUAUAUUUGAUAAUAUUUCCCAUGAGAUUUAUCAUCAAUUCUUAAACUAAAUGAAUACUACAUUAAACUUGUUUGCAUUCCUUUGUUUUCCAACACAGAUAAUUUCCACUAUUUUUCUUAUUGGAUCUUUUCUUUAUCUCAGAUACUUUAAAAGGAUUAUUGAUAAAUUUAUUAAUCUAAGAUCAUAUACUGAUUUGUCAAGUGUAAGUAAAGAUCUAAAGAGACUAUCCUUUUUGAUCAAUCACCUUAAAUCCGAUUCAGAUAUGAUCUAUAAAUAUAGAUUCAAUUUAAAUGCCAAAGAAUUAAUGAUUAUGGAAAAAAUGAGAGGAAAAAACAAUUUUAAGGAUGAAAAAUUCUACGAUAAAUCAUCACCUAUAUUGAAACUAAUAUUCAUCUAUUUCCUACUAUUCAUUUUAUGUGCCGGUGUUAUAUUGACCUUAACUCUCAUCAUUACAUCAUUCUAUUAGCUAUUCCCUAAGACUUUAAAUUAUUUUAAACUCUUUUCUGACGUUGGAGUCUAUGUACCAGCUGCAUUUUCAUAAAAAGAACUUUUAUACUUUUGGAAUAGAUUUCAAUUUUUCUCUUCAUAAGAUAGAGUGUAAUUCAUGGAUUAGGUUUCCAUAGGUAUUGGUAAAAUUAACGAAUUCAUAUCCACAGAUAUUAAUAUGGAUGAGUUUCAAUUUUCUAAUGAUUUUUUAGAGUAUUUCCAGAAGAUUGGAGAAACCAAUCUAUGUCCAUUAUUAAAUGAAAGCAAAUAUGUUGAAUUUGAUUACUUUUGUGAAAAUUCAAAAAAUGGGAUUUUGAAGAGAGGUCUGUUACCAACUUUGAGUGAUUUUAAUUAUUAAUUGAAAUAUGAAUUGGAUGCUGGACUGACCAAUAGAACUCUGAUUCCAAUAGAGGAAUUAGAAGCAGUGUAUCUGUGCUCAGAAGUAAUAAGUUCAUUGUGUGAUUAAAUGCAGUAGGACAUUGUGAACCAGAUAACUAAAUUAGAUACUAUUUUAGAUUGGUUAUUGUUGUGCGCUUUAAUAAUUCUAGUUUUAGGGUCCUUCUUAGUUUAUUUUAAGUUUUAUCCUAAAAUGAGAAAUAAAUUAAAUUACGUGAAAAAAAUUACACAAAUUUUUCCAUAAGAUUCGAUGUUUUUGAAUGAUCAUUUGGAAAGAGAUCUCAGAAAAAUAUUAUUAAUAGACUAAAUAACUUGA